AUGGACAGGUAUACGAUUCUUCAACAGAAAAGAGAUUGGCCCGCAAAAGAGCGUAUCGAACACAGCAAACACGCCGACACUCUUCUCGACAAUCAUAAGUGUUGUGCAACCGUUUCGGUCAGAUAUUGGAGUGCAGAACACAAUAUCAAUAAAUAUGAGCCCAAAUACGAGAUAUCAGAGUUUAUAGCAUAUAUGGGCGGACUAUUGACGAAGCCGUCCGACGAUAACCACUCAUUGAGUGACUCAACCGAUGGCUCCAAAGAGAGCGGCACUCAAAAAGACGAUUCAAUCAGUCUGGAAAAAUUAACCAAAAUAUUUGCCACUAAUUUUGGACUCAAUGAAAGUGAUGGCAAAGCAGUGACUAAUGUUGAGAAAGUGUUGGACGAGUUGAGU